GCCGCGUUCCAGGGAGGACCCUAGCCGAUCACCGCGCUUGCUACUUAUGUGUGCUCUCUAGUGACAUUCGCGUGUGUUUGUGUUAAGUGCUCAGACUAUAUCGUCGUGAACAGUGUUUUGGAAAUAUUCACCACGUUCAGGAUGAUUUGAGUACGCGAGAGUGUUCCAAGAUGGCGGCUACAACAUGGACCUACGUCGUUGUGCUGUGGCUCUUCCUUCUAUAUCUACUUUCACCCUCUUUGGCCGCCAGAUAUAAUGCCGACACGGGUUGCCGGUUCCCCACAAGAUGGACGGGGACGUGGUUCCAGUCCGGGAUCAGGCAGCCAAUCACAAUACAAGACGCUAGACUCAGUACAAAGGGUCGAUGCCUGUUCUCGGACGGCGACAAGUUCCUAUUAGUAGACGACAAGAACAUUUGCUACCGAUGUGUGGUGAUCCACGAAAAGCAUAUAAACGUUCUACAGUACAAAGAAACCUACUGUAUGCCACGAGACAGUCUGCAGACCCUGUGCUCUCUGAUCACCGGGGACGCCCUGUUAUACUCCAUGUUCCGUGAGGCGGCCACCUCGGUGCCUUGCCCGUUCAGGGGAGGACACACGUUCACCUACAACCGAGGACAUGGCGAGUGUCGUUAUCCUGUCAGCAGCAUUGACUCCUGCACCCAGGACUCUCGACUGCUCCUCAGAUAUCAGGCGUGUCCUGACGUCCACGGCACUGAGAGCACGGUGGAAGAGCUGGAGUGCCUCGCCACCUGGAAGGAGGGCUCGUCCCGCUACCUGGUGGGGAAGGUGGUUCCUCUACAUCAUACACACUCCACCUCCAAUGAGGACAGCUACAGGUGUUUUGUCUACGAGAAGAUGUCGGGCCAAGGUCAAUCUGCCAUGCAGCUGUAUGGUGAGGAUCCUGAGUUCCCGAGGCCAAAGGCUGACGAUGUCGAGUACAGAGUUGCUCAGUCUGGAGACGCCACAUGUAAUGGACUCUUCAGCCCCAUGGAAGGGUCAAGAACAAUGACUUUGAAAAAAGUGACUGCGAGUCAGAAGUGCAAGUUCCCCAUGUGGUUGACCCAGCAUCACCAAUGGUACACUCUGGACUACCGCAGUUCCUACAAGUUCCACCAUCGCAACACGACACUCCACAUAUCCAACACCAGUCUGGGGUCUCUGCCCAGCGAGGGGCCUGUGGUGCAGCAGCAGCUGUCUGCCUACGACAAGGAGCAGGAGGUUCGAGUUGUGUGUUCAGAGAUUCUCCAAGCCAACAGUGAAGUGGCUUAUAUUAUCACCCACUACACUGUAGGAUGCCAAAACGGCUACAUGUGUAUGAUGUUCCACAAAAGAGACGCCCACAUCAUCGAGGUCCAGUCAGGAGGGUUUACACGAAGGCCUGAAGACGCGUGCAACUCUGGUUAUUUUGACAGGAACACUAUUCCGUUCAUUACUUUAGUCACUGAAAACCCAGAAACCAAAAAAUGCCCCCACUUUGGCCGGUUCUCAGUGAAUGGGGUGAGCAGAAGAGAGCGACACACGAGGUCCCACUCUCGGGACACAGCGGUAAACAUAUCACGUCAUCAGGGGUACAGUGCGGUAAAGUGGUUAACAACCACCGAGGGACAAACUGACAUUCAGGACUUGUACAACAGAAGACUCAGGCUAAAACGAAACCUGAAACAAACCAAGGUGGAAAAGCCCUUUCAAUCUAAAAAUAGGAACUAUGACAUAAUAGGGCGCCAUCUCAAAAGAACCCACAAAAGACCAAGGAGAGAUUUGGAGCCCUAUUCCCAAACAAAAGCUUGUUCCUUGGACUUCAAGACUCUGAUGGUUGGCUGUGCAUCCUCUGACACAAUGGAGUUUCGAUCAGAAUGCUCUUCCCCAGACAACAAUAUGGUGUCAGCCUACUCCUGCCACGGAGGAUGGUCUGACAACUCCACUGCUACUCACUACCUCAUCACCACCCCGCUGUCAAGGAGCUCGCGAGGGGCCAAGCGCUACUGCUUCGUCUACCAGAGCCAAGCUGACAAUGUAGUCAUGUUCUCGACCAGCGCUGAUACUUGCAGGCGAGACAUAGUCCCUGGAUCCACCGGAGUGUUGGCAUUCAACAUUACUAGUGAAGGACAAUGCCAGGAGCUAAACACAGCGUCUAGCCUGCACCACUCCCCCUACUUCUGCAUGCUGCUGCUCUCAGUGGUGUUUUGCCUAGUAAGACCAGAGAGGUGAUUUUAAUCAGGACUUAACCUAGCAAAGUAGUUAGCCAAUAAAGUGGUUACACCACUCAGAGUUAGCCGGUUUCCUUCCGUCAGCAUCUGAUGAAUUGGUUACUCUACUCUUUAGUUUGUUUCCAAUCGUGAUAAAUGCGGUGUCUUUAUAUAUAAAUGAACAUAUUGUACAUAGUUUCUAAGGUAAAGUUUUUAUAGCUUUUAAACGUAAUCAGAUUAGGGAGAAAGUGGAUAGGUGGACCUCGAGAGUGUUAAGGUAAAUAUUUUGUUAUUUUUUUGGUUAAUUAUCUAUGAAGACAUGAUAUUUUAACACGUCAUAUAUAUUUUAGUGUACAGAUAAAAAUUUUAAUAUAUAUAUGUCUAAGUUUGUUGUUUUGUUUUUUCUGUGAUACAAUAAAGUAAACUCGGUUAUUUAUUUCCUAUUUCUAAUAGAAUGAACUUUAUCCACAUAAAAUCUUUUAUAUUAGAUUAAAAUUCAAUUUUCUAAUACUAAAUGACUUGUAAAUCAUAAAAAAAAUAAUAAACUAUUACACACUUUUUUAACAAACAAAAUUUAUUAUAUAUUGGCUUAAGACUUCUUCAGGAGCAAAAAACAAAACAAAUAAUAGACUUUGAAUAGUUUAUUAUUUUUAUAACGAUACAGCCAUUUGGUUCUAUGAAGAAACUAUGACUUGUAAAACAUUUGUUUAUAGUUUUCAAGGUGUUAAAAUUUUAUGUGCCAGCAAUUAUUCUUUUGAUCACCCGAAUAUUUGCUAAUAUUGAUACUAUUAUUUUAUUAUUCAGUGAAACUGCUUGUAAACAUUUGUUUCAUCACUAUGUAAUCAACUGAUAUUUUUUGGGCCACAAGAUUGAUAUUUUCAGCAAAUGUUAUGGUUUAGUGUUCUUUCUCUGUUGUUGAGUAGAUUUUUUAGUAAGAAUAUUGGUACUUACGGUAAAAUGUUUAAAUUGAAUAAGCAUUAAAGUGGCCAUUAAAUUAUUUAUUUGUUCAAUAUGUGUUCUUAAUUUUUUUUUUUACGUUUUUAAGUCAGCUGUAUUGUUAUUACCAGGGGUUUUGCUAUGAAACAAAGCCAACCACAAUCUUCUUGUGGCUCAACAUUUUACUUUUUAAUCUGCGUUAAGUAUGUGUGAUUUAUUUUUUUUAUCCUUACAACUUAUAGAAUUAAACAGUUAAAUCUUGCUUUAGAGAGACUACUUUGUCAGUGGUAAUCGUAAAAAUGAUCUGUGAUAGGUAGUAGUGGCUCAUAGUGCACUGGAUAUACAAAUUGUGCAGUGGACUUGGUACAAUAGUAACAUGUUAAGUGUUGUGUUAUUUAAAAACAUUUGCUAUGGGAAUAUUUGUUGUUGUGGUUGUUUAUGCAGUUACUUACAACUAUGUUUCCAGUGUUUUCUUAAAAGUAAGAAUUUCUUGUGAAAGCAUAGUUCUUUUCAAGUCUAUUUUCAGCCGCUGCUUAAUAUAUUUAAGAAUCAAAUUGUUUUUUUAUUGUUUGUCACAAGAAAAAAUGGAAACAACCUAAGCAGCAAAUAUAACCCAAAAUGCAUAAUGUAACUUUGUUAUAAGUCUCAUAAGCAAUGUACAAAGUGAUUUAAAAGUAAAACAUUUACAAAAGAAUGCCUCUUACUAUAUUUGAUGCGUCGAGCUGUAUGUUCUACUAAAGGUGCCUUGAAUGUAACGUAUUGUACGAACGGUUGGUGGUUUAAUAUUAUGUGAGGGUGUUAUUAUAGUAUUUAGUUAAAACUGUUUUGAAAUCUGAUUUCUCUCUUGGAUUGUUUGUCAGACAUUGUCUAUUGUUUUUACAUAGUUGUUAAAAAGAUAUUCGAAACAACAAUUUUAUUUUGGAAUUAGCUUGCUUUAUACGUUAUGACCAUAGAAACAGCUUUAUUAGAGAUACGUUCAUCUAGUUUUGAAGUAGCUUCGAAGAUCUAAAACAAUUGCAAGCAUAGAAAAAA